ACAUCCAUUUUCGAAAGAAGGCGUCUUCAUAAACGCCUUUCUUUUCCGUUUUCUAUCCUUUCCUCCUCCUCUUUGAAUUCAAAUUCGUUUUCGUUAUUCUCUUUUCAUCUACCAAAAUGAGAGAGUGCAUUUCAAUCCACAUUGGUCAGGCCGGUAUUCAGGUCGGAAAUGCUUGCUGGGAGCUCUACUGCCUCGAGCACGGCAUCGGCCCUGAUGGGCAAAUGCCAAGUGACAAGACUGUUGGUGGUGGUGAUGAUGCUUUCAACACCUUCUUCAGUGAGACUGGUGCUGGAAAGCACGUUCCUCGUGCCGUUUUUGUAGAUCUAGAGGCCACCGUCAUUGAUGAGGUAAGGACCGGAACUUACCGCCAACUUUUCCAUCCGGAGCAGCUGAUCAGUGGCAAAGAGGAUGCUGCCAACAACUUUGCCCGUGGUCAUUAUACCAUUGGGAAGGAGAUCGUUGAUCUGUGCUUGGACCGCAUCAGAAAGCUUGCUGACAACUGCACUGGUCUCCAAGGGUUUUUGGUGUUCAAUGCAGUUGGUGGAGGAACUGGUUCUGGGCUUGGUUCCCUUCUGCUUGAGCGUUUGUCGGUAGAUUAUGGCAAGAAAUCUAAGCUUGGGUUCACCGUAUAUCCCUCUCCUCAGGUGUCCACCUCUGUUGUUGAGCCAUACAACAGUGUCCUCUCUACUCACUCCCUCUUGGAGCACACUGAUGUUGCUGUUCUGUUGGACAAUGAGGCUAUAUAUGACAUUUGCAGGCGCUCUCUUGACAUUGAGCGCCCCACCUACACCAACCUCAACCGUCUUGUAUCUCAGGUGAUUUCAUCCUUGACUGCUUCCUUGAGGUUUGAUGGUGCUCUCAACGUGGAUGUGACUGAAUUCCAGACCAACUUGGUCCCCUAUCCUAGAAUCCAUUUUAUGCUUUCCUCCUAUGCUCCAGUUAUCUCUGCUGAGAAGGCAUACCAUGAACAGCUUUCGGUGGCUGAAAUUACCAACAGUGCUUUCGAGCCAUCAUCUAUGAUGGCAAAGUGUGAUCCUCGCCACGGAAAGUACAUGGCCUGUUGCCUGAUGUACCGUGGUGAUGUAGUGCCUAAGGACGUAAAUGCUGCUGUUGCCACCAUCAAAACCAAGAGGACCAUUCAGUUUGUCGAUUGGUGCCCUACAGGUUUCAAGUGUGGUAUUAACUAUCAGCCGCCUACUGUUGUUCCUGGAGGUGACCUUGCCAAAGUGCAGAGGGCUGUUUGCAUGAUUUCAAACUCCACCAGUGUGGCUGAGGUGUUCGGUCGCAUUGAUCACAAAUUUGAUCUCAUGUAUGCCAAACGUGCUUUUGUCCAUUGGUACGUUGGUGAGGGUAUGGAAGAAGGUGAAUUUUCUGAAGCUCGUGAGGAUCUUGCUGCUCUUGAGAAAGAUUAUGAAGAAGUGGGUGCUGAGUCCGGCGAGGGUGGGGAUGAGGAAAUGGAUGAUUACUAGAAAUCAUCCAUUCUCGUGGUUCUUUGUUUUCUAUCAAUGUAUUUGAAGAUGGCCUUAGCCUUUGUGUUUUUAUGCCUCGUCGGUUUUCACACCUGAACGAAACUUUUAAUUGCAAUGUAUGUUGAUCACUUUCUUUGUUUUUCAAGUUACUCGUUGGUUCUUAAAUGUUUCACACCUGAACGAAACUUUUAAUUGCAAUGUAUGUUGAUCACCUUUUCAAGUUACUCGCUUUUAAUUGUGUAUUGACGCAUAUCGCGAACCAGAAGCGAAAGCUUAAUGUAGUGAUGUGAUUAACUUAAAAGCUAGACGGAGCAUAUGCGUGUGUACGACUAAUCCAAAGCGAGAUGCAAAUGCAGAAGGAAGUAAAAGUCUUGCAACGUCAAUGGUUGGGGUCGCGGGUUCAAGACUGGUUGACUGUUAUCUACAGUGAGGGGGAGACAGAGUUAAGAUACAUUAGGCAGACAUGAAGUUCCUAAGGCAGUUUUUUUUUUUUUUUUAUGUUAAUACAUGUAAGAAAAAAAUGUCUAUAUUACUCUGUUAGCCCAUACAUACCAAUGUUAACCCAUUUAACCUGUGGAAUGUGCGCUUAAAUUUGGAAAGGCCCAAUUUAUAUAACCCAACUCUAC